AACGAGCCUGGUAGGUCACAUUUGUUUUACACACUGUGCCAGCACGCGUUGUCAACCUCCCGACAAGCCCGGUCAGCCUCUUCUGUCGUGUUGAAACGCUCAUAUUACAAGGAUGAACUGGUUUUCGCGUAAGCGUCGAACCUUUGAUUAUGAAGAAGCACUGGAUGACAUUGCUGAGAAGUUGGAAGAAUUAAAACUCGACAUCCACCGGAACCGGAUGCGACAGCGUCAAUGGUCCUGGAAGUGGUUCUUGGGCUCGAGCACGAUGUUUACGAUCGUGUUUGCGGGCUGGAGCUGGCAUUGUCGCUCACUGUGGGAUUUGCCCGUGUGGAUUGUAUGGGGACUAAAGCUAAACGUAUAUGUACUGGGCAUCUUCCUCUCAUGGUCUGUCAAGGAGUGCAUAACGUGGAUGUUUGGCGUCAUAUUACGCCGGAAAAAAGCUCAGCAUCGACACUGUCUUGAAGAGAAGCGUGUUCUUAUUGAAUCACUCAAGUCCCGAAAAGAGUACUUUGAAACACAAGCUCUGCUGGAACGCUAUGCCGGAGUAGCACCGGAAACAGGGUCCACAAGAGCUAGCUUCUCAGGGGGUGCUCCAGUAGCAGUUGGUGCCGCUGACGCUGCUGCCGGUGAUCCCUCCUCACAGGCGAACGCAUCUUCAGAGAACGAAUAUCCAAAGAAAUGGUAUGACAAAUUACUCGAAAAAAUUGUCGGUGGCCCUGAACGCGACGUUCACAAGUGUGCCGCUCUCAUCUGUUCCACUUGUUUCCGUCACAACGGCCUUGCUCCUCCGGACGUGGCUGCUAGUGAUGUUUCAUUCAUAUGCGCUUAUUGUCGUGCUUGGAACGGUCCCGUUCCAACACUGAAAACAAAUCCUCCUUCCGAACCUGUUUCAGUUCCGGCGAACGACAACAAAACACAUGGUAGUAACAGCUCAUCUACAAACUCUGCCGCAUACCUUUCUCCUUCGUCGCACACCAAUUCUGUACGUGGGUCCGUCUCUUCGGUCGCCGAAGGGGCAGCCGCCGACACACAAGACACAACGAACGCAGCGACAAGCGAAAAUGCCGCCUCUGAACACAGGUGAUUCUUCCUUCCAUGUACAUACAAAAUGCUCUCCAUUUCUGAACGAUCGACAUCUAUCGGCCCCAAUGAUCCAUAUGGCCAAUUGUUUUUCUCUCUUACUUACACAUCUCAGUCGGCGAUAAACACCUUCUCUUUAUUCUUUCUCUCAUUCUGCCUCAAUGUCUCUUUUCCUGUCUAUCUUUUCCACCUUACAAUCCCGUUUCCUUCCUGUCUCUCCGCACAACCUCUCUCUCUUUCUCUUGCUUACGAAUUUGCUCUACGCUGUGCUUCUUUUGUUUUCUCGUCUUCUUCAAUCCAUCGUAAUGAGCCCUAUCGUGUCUGCAACGACUGUACACCCUUCAUAACUCUCUGACGCGGCAAAAUUCUGUUAUUUCUUCGUGUCCGCGGAACCUCCGCGGUAAGGUUUUCUUGAUUAGCGCUCGUCGCUCUUUUCCUUAGUAUAAAAAGUGUCACCCAUCA